AUGGAAAACAUCUAAGUUGUAGUUAGAAUUAGGCCGUCUAAUGUUCAAGAGAAAGACAACAAUGACCUUGAAAUUUGGUCUGUUUAGAAUCAAGACACAAUAACAAUUUCCAAUGAUAGAUUUAAUGAUUUAGUUAGAAUGCGUAAAUUUGUACCCGGACAAAGAGUAGAGUUUACUUUCAGUAAUAUAAUCAAUUGAAAAAUAAUAGAUUAAUGUUUCGAUCCCAAACACACCACAAAAUUUAUUUACUAAUAAUAGAUCCAAAGAAUUACAUUAUCAUCAUUGUAAGGUAUAAAUGGAACAGUGUUUAUGUAUGGUCAAACAGGAAGUGGUAAGACUUACACAAUGAUGGGGUAUGAUUAAGAAGAAGGAAUAUUAAAGUAAGGACUCAAGGACCUUUUUGGAGAAAUUUAGAGACAAUAAGAUAAAUAAUUUUUCUUAAGAUGCAGCUAUGUUGAAAUCUAUACUGAUUAAGUUUAUGAUCUGCUGUCCACGCAAGAAAGAUUGAGUGAAACUUUAUUAAUAAAUGAGGAUUUCAAUAGAGAAUUUGUUAUAAAGGGAGCGAUUGAAGAAGUCGUGACUACAAUAGAUGAAAUUAUGGACAUUCUUCAGUUUGGAGAGAGUAAUAGACAUUAUGCGUCAACUGUCAUGAAUCAUUGCAGUAGUAGAUCUCAUACAAUUUUCAGACUGUAUGUUAGAUGUGUUCCUAAUACAAUAGGACCAAAUUCAGUGAUAACUGAGUCUAUCCUUAAUUUUGUUGAUUUGGCAGGUUCUGAAAAAAUUAAUAUUCAUGAUUCAAUGCUUAAAAAAAGAGGGACAUCUGCAGGUGGAAGUGGCACUCAAUAUAAAGAUCGACAGAAUGAAUCCAAACACAUCAAUAAAAGUUUGUUUUUUUUAACUUAAGUAAUUUCUUUAAGGGCAUAAGGAAGAAAGUAAGUACUUUACAAUAUUUAGUGAUCAACAUAUUCCUUAUAGAAACUCUCCUUUAACAAAGAUUUUAAGGUCAUCCUUAGGAGGUAAUUCAAGAACUGCCAUAAUCCUUUGUGUUAAUCCUUGUUAUAGUUAGUUUGAAUAAACAUUGUCUACUUUAAGAUUCGGGACAAACGCGAAGAAAAUAGAAAAUAAUGUCUCAAAAAAUAUUGUAGGAUUUGAUAAUGACGAGAGUUUGAAUAGGGUAAUAAAAGACUAUGAAACAAAAAUCGAGGAAUUGCAAAGGGCUAGAGUUGAUGAUAAGUAGCAAUAAGAAAUGAUGCUAAAGAUCAUUGAAAAACUAGAAGAGCAAAGAAAAAUAUUUAAAUCCUAGUUUAAUACUUCCGAUCAUAUUUAAGCUAUGAUAAACAAGGAUGUACCAUAUUAAUGGACUCACUUACAUUAUCACGGUGUUGGAGUGUUAUGGGUACCCGAAAAAGGAAGUAGGGAUGUUGAAGUUAAAUAGGAUAUUAUUGAUUCUUUUGGAAUAAUUAAGAAAUAUUAAAAUUUAGAAGAAGAAUUCAUUAUUUUAAAAUCGGAAAAAUAAACAGUUGAAAAUUAAGUUAAUGAACUUAAAUAAAAGUAGCAAGAAGCUGUCAUUUAAACUAAAAAACGAUAUGCAAAUUAAAAAGCAAAAACAAGAAAAUAUAAGUAAUUGAGCAAAGAUUUAUAGGAUGAAAGAAAUAAAUUAUAAAAGAUUGCUUUAUGCUAUCACAAUAUGAUUGAUGUAGAUGAGAUGAUGUUGUUAAACAAUGAAACCUUAGAUUAAAUGUUAGAGAAUGUUUCUAUUAUGAUGCAAAAUAUAUAUAAAGUCAAACUAAGAAAAGAAAUGAAACUUAAAGGGGAGAAUAUGGAAACCUUAAAAUUAAAAACAUCUAAACCCAUUAAAUAUCCCAAAUAUUUAUUCGACACUUCAGCUAUUAAUGUUUAAUUUUGGGAGGCUAAUGAAAAUAAAAAGACUGAAGAGACUAGUAAAAGUGAAAUUGAAUCCUUCUAAAGUUACUUUUAAUCUUAAUUGAAUCAAAGUAGUCCUACUUAUGCUGAUAUGCAAAGUAGUAUAUAAUAGUUUAAGGAACCAUUUAAGCAUAUUUGUUCUCAUGAAAAAAAUACACUCAAUAAAUUAGGAAAAGAGAACUUUGAGCCAUCAUUCAAAAAGAAUCAAAGCAUGGAAAUAGCUGAUGAAUUAAAUUUCCGUAGUUAUUUUAGAUGA